AUGGAAACACCCUUCUACCAUGACGAUGUGUUGAGCGGCUUCGGCAGCGGCUCGGCCCCGUCCCGCGGCAGCAGCAGCGGCCUCCCCCGGCCCUUCCCCGGCGGCAGCAUGAUGAAGAAGGACGGGCUCGGGCUCAGCGACCAGGUGGUGGCCACCCUGAAGGCGCCCGGGCAGCCGCUCCACCCGCUGCGGGGCGCGGCCGGCGGCGGGGGCGAGGGCCCGGCCCUGCUGAGCUCCGCCGAGCUGGGGCUGCUGAAGCUGGGCUCGCCCGAGCUCGAGCGGCUCAUCAUCCAGUCCAACGGGCUGGUGACCACCACGCCGACCAGCAGCCAGUUCCUCUACCCCAAGGUGACGGCCAGCGAGGAGCAGGAGUUCGCCGAGGGCUUCGUCAAGGCGCUGGAGGACCUGCACAAGCAGAACCAGCUGGGGGCGGGCGGCGGCGCCGUCGGGGGCCCGCCCGGGGACCUGCCCCCCGCCGCCAGCCUGGCCCAGCCGCCGCCGCCGCCCCCCGAGCCGCCGGUCUACGCCAACCUGAGCAGCUACCCCGGCACGACGGUGAACUACGCCACCGAGACCGUGCCCUACCCGCCGCCGCCCGGGCUGGGGGGCGCCCCGCCGCACCCGCGCCUCCAGCCGCCGCCGCCGCUCAAGGACGAGCCGCAGAUCGUGCCCGAGGUGCCCAGCUUCGGCGAGAGCCCGCCGCUGUCGCCCAUCGACAUGGACACGCAGGAGCGCAUCAAGGCGGAGCGCAAGCGGCUGCGGAACCGCAUCGCCGCCUCCAAGUGCCGCAAGAGGAAGCUGGAGCGCAUCUCGCGGCUGGAGGAGAAGGUGAAGAGCCUCAAGAGCCAGAACACGGAACUGGCCUCCACCGCCAGCCUGCUGCGCGAGCAGGUGGCGCAGCUCAAGCAGAAGGUGCUGAGCCACGUCAACAGCGGCUGCCAGCUCCUGCCGCAGCAGCACCAGGUGCCGGCCUAUUGA